GUGCGAUCGCAAAGCUGCCGACGGCAAGCAGAGGGAUCUAUGACAUGGACGUCGACGCGGUCUCGAAAGGUGGCAAGGGCAAGGACACAAGCAAAUGCCAGAUCUGCGGGAAGCAGAACCACGCGGCCAAGGACUGCUAUUGGCGAGAUAUGGGCAAAUCCAAAGGCGACGGCAAGGCGCGAGGCGCUGGAGCUGGUGGCAAGAUGAGUCACGACAAGGACAACGGGCAGAGGCAAGGACAGUUUCAUUGGGAAGUGCGGCUGCUGCUACAAGGGGGCCACGACACAGCGGACUGCAGGAAGCGCGCGGCCGACGAGAAGGCGAAUAAUCGCGCGGAGAUCGAGCAGGAGGGCAAUGAGCCGAAGACAGUUGCCAAUGUAGGGUUCGCCGACGACGACGAGGGCGGGAUCUGCGACGACGACCAGCGUUACUGCGCGGCGACGCGGGCAGACGCCUGCGACGAGGAGCGCUGCGCGAUGGACGUCGACAGCGCCGCCUUCAUCGCGCUGGACACGGCUAGGGACUGCCGCGUGGGCCCGACCUCUUUCGGCGAACGGUGCGUUCGGGAGGCGAGCGACGGCCCGCAGCUGCUGGGCGCGCAGAAGCAGGAAAUCAAGAUGGACUCCGUCGCGACGGUGCCGAUGGCGGUCGACAGCGACAACGAGCAGACGAAUCUACCUGGGCGACGCGGUGUCGAAGCCGAUGCGCUCGUUGCUCGAGGUGGUGGGCAAGGGCGCGGAGUUCCGGCCGGCGCGAAGUCGGGCAUGCGCAUGUCCCCGGGCGGCAACCUCAGCAAGGGCACCCCGCUCACCGGGCGCAACGACGCGCUUGGCUUCAACGCGAAGACCUUCCAGUCGACGGAGGCGCGGGAGUUCGCGGCGAGCGCAAACGCCAACGAGCAGCAGGAGAUCGUCUUACAUCCUGAGAGCCGCGUGGAGGACGUGCCAGCGAGAUUGCGGGAGUUCGGGGCGCCGAUCUACGGCGGGGAGAACGAGCUGUGGACCAGGCUCAGCGACGCGGAGCGAAGGGCCACGGCGCGCCACGACAAGCUGAUGGUGUUGGAGCGCAGGCGCGAGCAGCCCGUCCAGCGGGCGUUUGCGAUCUCACCCCGGCUAGUUGCUGGGCCAGCGGGGCCAACGCUUGAGGAGAGAGCAGCCCGCCAGUUGCUGCACUUGACGAAGGCCGAGUGGCGCGAGGCCCGCGCGCGCGGCAACGAGACCGCUGAGCCGCGCAAGACGCUCUCUCCUUCGAUCAGACACGGGCAAGCGGCGGGCAUCUUCGCGACGACGCUCGUGAUGGCGGACAGGGGCGCGCAGAUGUUCAACGCGGUCUCGAUGCAGACGAGAGCGGUCACCAAUUGCGCAGUGGCGAGCGUGAGCUGCUUCGUCGAAGGCAUGCGCCUGGCGGCCGCGGAAAUCCAGACGGACGGCGAGCCGACGGUUUUGAAGGUGGUGGAAGAAGUGCGGAAGAAGCAGAGCAAGAGCGUCAAGUUGGAGGCAAAGUAG